GCCGAAGGAAGCACUUCCCCCCUUCGGACUUAGCUAGGGACCUUUUCCUGAGUGGGAUCUUGCGCGGUUUCCCACGGGCGGCAUUGCAGCUGCCUUCGCAACGUGCGCUGACCUACUGGUGUCCCGGCACUAGUCUAAACAAAACCCCGGGUGCAUUGGAGACCCUCGCUAGCCUGUGCUCUCCCGGAACUCCCGGUGAUCACCAUCGACGAGUUCGGCUAGAGCGGUUUAUGGUUGGGGGCUCUUUUCUGGCAUUGGUUUUUGUGCUCUUUUUGGUCUUCCAGGUGGACGUUUCUGCCAAGGGCUUUUUGAUCCUCGUGGACUUCCAGUACGGCGACUGCCACAGUUCGCAGACACCUCAGACGCAAGAGGGCUGCUGCACGCAGAGCUUGGCUGGUCACAGCAAUGUCGGGCGAUACCAAGACUCCGUGGAGAUGCAGCAACGUUCCAAGAGUGCCAAAGGCCAAAAGACUCCCAAAAACCAAGGGAAUCAGGGGCAACCAAUGCAGCAGCCGGUGAUGCCUAUGAUGCCGCCUGCACCAACCAUGAUGGGUCCAAACAUGCAGAUGUACCCACAGAUGGCAUAUCCAUUUCCGCAGAUGAACAUGGCAGGACAUCUACCUCCUCUGCCACCUCCGGAUACUCCUUGGCAAAUGAGCAUGCCUGCAGGAGCCAAGAUGCCUGCACCAGCUUUGCCAACUGCAGCACCGGCACCUACUACAAUGUAUGCGCCUACGAUGCCGAGCAUGCCAGCAGCACCGUGUCCAUCAGUUCCCAAGACACCUGUGAGCUCUAUGAACGACCCGGAUGUCCGGGGAUUGAUGUCAAUGAUGCGUGGAAGACAGGCCGAGCUACCGGAAGACAUGCAAAAAAAGGUGCAAGCCAUGUUGGUCAAGUAUGGCAAGCAGUCGACAAAGGACCUGCACGCAGCUGUCUCAGCCUUGGACAAAUCCCGAGAGGAAUACGACCAAGCUGUUAUGGCCAGAAGUCAGCAUCAUGCAUGCUGGAAGAAAUUUCUUGCAGAUGCAGUUCAAAUGUGGAAGUCCUACACGGAUCAGUUUGUCGAGCAAGAGCGGAAACUUCAGGAGCAAGUGACUGGAGCAAGAGAGACCUUUCUCAUGGCCAAGUCCGAGCUCGAGAAUGCCAAGUUAGAUGCUGGCGAAGUCCUGCAUCCCUCAGACGACGAGCUUGUGGAGGGCGAGAACGAGACCAAUGCAGGGACCUCGACCGCCAGCAAGCUCACGGAGACUAUGCAGGGUCUGGCAGCAUCUCUCCAGAAUCUGCACAAGGAAGCAGAGACGCUUGUGGAAGAAGAUGCACACGUGGCCAAAAGGCCUCGUACGGCCCUUCGACCAGAAGAUCACGACAUGCCACAAGUGCCUGGCGAUGGUUCAUCGCAUUUUGGCAAGGAAGAGAACUUUGUCACUGAGUGCAGAGCCAUUGAGCAAGCACGAUCGUUAGCUUUUGCGCUUGGGGUUUACGACGGCGUUCAUGGUCUUCAUCCUGGCGAAGUGAGCACAUCUGAAUCUCGUCCAUGCCGACCUGUGAGAAGAUUGGGGUUUCAUCCUUUCACAGAAAUCCUCAUCGGCAGUGUGAACGACUUGAAGAUGCACUCCAAUAUUGUUCCGGAAUCCUGCCUUGGAAAUGGACGGAUGCCAUGGGCAGCGGGGCUUCUGAGAGGAGGAGAGUUCUCUGCCAUCAUGAAGCCGACAGAAGUAUCGAAGCCUUCGUUCAGUGCUGUGUUCUCACCUGAGCAUAUCAUGUCUUUGCUACAUGUUCCCGUUGUAGCAGUUCCCAAAGGUGAUCCAAUUCAGAUGAAACCGAAUCGACAAGAAGAUCCACAAAUGCUUGACCCGUCGGAUGGCUCUGAUGGAGACCGUCCACCUGACCGGCAACGAGAUCCUCGUAGGCCACCACUGAGGCUUUUUCCGGCCUGGGUCACCCAACUAUGGGAUCUUCUACAAGCCGAAGGAGCGGUUGAGAUGGCAGAAGAAGGUCCAAUUUUGUAUUUGCAGUCCUUCUACAUUAGUCACCAGCAUCAUCCUCACCAACACAUCUCUCGGCCUUUGCGCAUUGACCGAGAUUAUGUUGAAUGGGAGAGAGAUUUUCGCUUUGUCUGGGAAGAUUUUGUAGAUGAGAAUGCACCAAUGGACAUUCAUCUGGUACAGCCUGAGUUGCCUCUUCCAGUGACAAGAGGCGUUGCAGCAACCGUGCUGCUCACACAACAUCCUGUUCCACAUCAGAUUGCUUGCGUGGUUUCUGCGAUGUAUGAUGAUAUUCCCACAACCAGACGAGUUGAAUCGGCACACUCUCUUGGACAUCUUACAUCUGCGCGGAGUUUUCUCUGGUAUGCAGGGGCUCUCCAAGCCUGCGAAGAAGUCCAGCAACAAGGCUAUGGGUUCUGCACUAUCAAAGCUGGUCCUUUUGAGUUUGAUCAGACCAGACCGAUGCGUCUGGUUGAUGGUCUUGGUAUUGUAGUUCGCAUUCCUCCCAGGCUCACGGACCAAGAAUGGGAAGACAUCUUCUUCUCGAGAUUUCGUACAGAUCCUGUGCCGCAGAUGCAUUUUCCAGAAGAUGAUGAUGCAGUACACUUCAUGGCACGCUCUAGUGCCCAGAUGUUCGCAACGUACCAAACGGCCAGUUCAUCCUCUACCAGCAGAAGUAGGUCUGCCGCUCCUUCAGACCAGCCCAAUGUGGAUGAGGGGGAGGACUGGCGUUUAGCGAUGGUCUAUGCUGUUGAUGGCCAAGCAGUACAGGUCGAUGUGCCCUGGACAGAUGCGCCCCUGCGAGCUCAAAAGAUUGCACAGGCCUUCUCCAUCACAACAGAGCAAGUCACCAAUGUUUAUCAUGUCGAGGCCAUCCCACAAGAUCUGGCACAUGAAGAACUUGAAUGUUUUCUUCUUCAACAAGAACAGGACGUGCCCAGCUCGACGCUGUUACGACUGGUCUUGGUUGACAUCGAAUAUCGUCCAGACCAUCGUGGUGAUGCACUGCGAAUUGUACGCAGAGGGGUCCCAGAUCAGCGACACGGAGGGCAUUUGAUCCUCCUGCAAGAUAUCCUACCCACACAAGCAGGCUGCCUAUUCAGCCGACAAGGUGAGCAGGUGGCUCAUACUCACCGGCCAUGGGGUCAUCAGACACGACCACUUCAAUGCAAACUACCGGAAGGCGGAGUUGCAUCAGACAGGAUCUAUACCACUGACCAGCAGCCAGCUCAGCAGCCUCCAGAACAUCCGGAGGGUUUCAUUGAGAUCCAACUUGGGGAUGUCAACCAAUGUCUCACUGAUUUACGAGGGCUUUGGGAACAGCAGACCAUUGAAGCAGAAGGUCAUCUACAAGUCAUGGCCUGGUAUGCGGACACAGAGCGCUGGCCGCGUUGCCCAGACGCGCGUGCGGUUCAACUCCCCAGCGAUUUGUCUCAAUGGAUGACUCGACUCAUUGAAGCUUGGGAUGACAGAGCAGAUCCAGAUGAGGUCUUCCAUCUUCAUAUGAUCCAGCCUCAGCCACAGACAACUUUUUUGGAAGAGCAUCCAGCUCCACAUGUGCUGCUGUUUCAACGACCACGGCCAAACAGACGAAGCCUUCAUUUUACGGCUUCAGACACAGAGAGAUCCACCUCUCCGCCCUUACAAUUUGUUGACGCCCUCGAGCAUCCUGUUACACAGGGCAGCAUUCUACGGGCGGCAGGAUGGGAGGAGCAGCUGGGACUCCCGCAUCAGAUCCAGCAUGAGAUCUGGUGGGGCAAUGACAUCAUCACACAGGAGGACAUUGCACAUCUUCGUAAUGGCAAUGCGCUCACUGUCAUGGCGAGGCAUCUUGAUGAAGUCCACUCCCAUUCCUCCACAGCCUCAGAAGACGCUCCGGCCAAUCAUGUAUCUUUGAUGCAGAUUCGAGCAGUGCGUCAACCAGUCCAACUCACAUUGGCCACUCUAUUGCCCAUUGACGAGGAGGAGAUUGACCAUCAAGCGGCAGAACCCGCACAUGCAGCCAUCCGCCUCAUCAAAGGAGCAGAGAUGGGUCCUUUGCCCACCUACAUUGAGUGCCCGUCUCCAUGGUGCGAAAAGGAUGUUGUCACUGAGUUGUGCCAUUGGGGGCAUCAAUGUGAUGUUUAUCGAUUUGGUGCCCAUGAUGCAGCUCUCUGUUUUCCGAGAGGGUGGUGUGCAGAAGCAGGCAUUAGACACUAUAUGCUUUGCCACACUGACACAACUGAUCCAGAUGGACCAUUCCUUCAUUCACAAGCGAAAGAGAUGACGGAAGUGGAGCUGAUGAGCCUCUUGUAUGACUGUGGAUAUUGGCGAGCAUCCAUUCAAUCAGUAGAAGUUCUCGCGCCGGGGCUUUCUCGUGUUCAGUUCCUGAAUGUGCAAGUGCUCCAGGCACCACACACCAUUUGCAGCCGGUCCCAACCAGCAUGGCCGGACACUACACAGCUGAUUGGAGCACGAGGGCCUUAUUUCUUUCCACCGACUGAGGUAGCUGGAGAUGACUGUGUCAUUGGCUUAGGCUUUGCGUUCCAUGACUUCAUGAAGUUGUUCACGUCUGCUGAGAACAUCCUGUGCCGAGAUCCAACUGGUCAUGACUUCCCAGAUGUGACCAGAGCAGCUCUCAAGAUGAGUACAUCCACAUGUCUGGAUGACUAUGAUCGCAUCAUUGUGUACACAGAUGGAUCUUCCAAAGCGAAGGACAGGCACAGACCGCCACUCUGGAAUGAUGAGCAAGGCUAUGGAGAUUCCUGGGCUUUCGUUGUGGUGGGUGAGACCCUGACGACUGACGAGCACAAGGUCGAAGUGCUAGGCAACUUUCAUGUGAGUGCUGGCACUGCCAAUGUCACCUCACUCUACAAUGGACCAUGGCGUCAUGCUGGGAAGACGGAUUAUCUGCGGCAACAGUUCAUCUCCCACAACUUGAAUUUCCUUGGUCUGCAAGAGACACGCGCUCCAGAGACAUUUGGACAAGUUGAUGGGGUCCUACGGCUUGGUUCAGGUUCUGCAAAAGGCCACUUUGGCACGGAACUAUGGGCAAACCUCAAGAUCCCUUACGUAUGGAUUGGAAAGCGGGCACAUUACUUGAAGCCCAUGGACUUUCAAGUUCUUCAUCGUGAUCCCAGAAUGCUUGCAGUCCAGAUUGAAACACCCUACAUGAAGCUCAAGAUUCUUGUUGGACAUGCCCCACAUUGCGGUCAUUCGAUCGCAGAGCGUGAGCAGUGGUGGCACACAUUUUCUCAUCAUGCACAACUCCGACAUGAUUCUGAACGUUUGCUCGUUUUGAUGGAUGCCAAUGCGGACCCAGGGCCACGUGAUGAUUGUGUGGUCUUUCAAGAUGGUUUUCUGUCGAAUGAGAACACCCCUUUGCUACAAGAUUUUUUGACAAAACAUGAUCUCUGCCUCCCUGCGACAAGUGACUGCCAUAGGGGACCACAUGCGACUUGGGUGAGCCCGAAUGGAGCACAUCUUCAUUGCCUGGAUCAUGUUGCCGUACAGCAAUGCCACAGACAUGAGUGCACAUACAGCUGCGUGUUGCAAGAUCUGGACCUGGGCAAUGGUUGCUGGGACCAUAGCGCGACAGCCAUCCAGUUACAGUGGUAUGAGCAAUGUGAGACCCUCCACAACGCUCCAGGGCAGAAGCCGUCACCAACAUAUGACAUCCAUGGAUUGAGCAGUCAACAUGUUCAGUUAGCGAUUGCAGAGUCUCCAACGGCUCCAUGGAUGCAGGAUAUUGAAUCCCAUGUUGAUGAGUUCAAUCAUCACCUUCUCCAUGGAGUUGCAACGCAUUGUCCACAACCACAGCGAGCCCCGAAGAAACCCAUCUUCACAGCAGAACUGUGGCAGUUGCGGGCAACCAAGUUAGCCACCAAGAAAGCGCUCAAGGACAUUUCCAGGCGCCAGAAACAUGAAAUGCUACUGGUUUGCUUCUCUGCCCUUCGAUCUCGACCUGCUGUCACAGUCGAUGGUGGCUUCUUCUGGCAAUAUGAUACAUGGCUGCUGUGCAGCCAUGUCCGAGCAUACUGCCAAUUUCACUGCAUUGCCAACCAAUUGCGUGGGAGACUUCGGCAAGCCAAAUAUGGGCAGCUCAAAGAUGUUUUGAGUGGCAUGACUGCUACCACACCUGCAGCGAAUAUUUUGCACGAAGUCAAAAACCUCAUCGGACCAACCAAUCUCAAGAAGGUCAAGGCUAAGACCCUGCCGUAUGUGAGGAAUCAUCAUGGACAAGUAUGUCAGAGCCCAGCUGAAGCCCUGGACACCUGGAUAUCCUUUUUCCAGACUAUGGAGGGUGGGGAUCGACUUGAUGACCAUCAGCAGCGCACCGAAUGGCUUGACAACUUGAAGCGCUUCUGCGCUACAGAGAUCAACCUGCAUCUCAGUUUCAGAUGUGAUGGAAUUGCUGCAGAUCCAGAAGACUCGGAGUUGCCUGGCCGCGAUGAUUAUCUCGGACCAACUUGGAUGGACGACUCCUGCUUUUGCUUUGCAGCCGCUGACCCUUGGACGCUUGAGAGAAAGGCAGCCAAUCUGUGCGGUCUGCUCAUUCAACGCUGCCAAUCCUAUGCUAUGACGCCCAAUCUCCAGCCAGGGAAGACAGCGGUGCUCCUGAUUUUUCAAGGCCACGGUGCGGCAGCUGCGAGGAAGAAAUUCUUUGGCCCUCAAUCGGAUUCCAGUCUUCCAGUACUACUUGAAGGAGGAGUGCAACGAGUGCAGGUUGUUGCCUCCUAUGUGCACUUGGGAAGCCUCCUGCACCAUCGGGGGGACAUGCGACAAGAAGCACGCCGCCGAUUCAGCAUCGCCCAAGGAGCCUUUCAACAACACAGGAAAGUCCUCUACCAGAACAAACAGCUGACUCUUCAGCGGCGAGCUGAACUAUUCCGUACCCUCAUCUUGAGUAAGUUUGUGUACGGAUGCGACUCUUGGACGCUCAUGGAAAAGCACACCAGUGCUCUCUACUCCUGUUCUGAUUCAGUACCUUGGGGGCUUCUCAAUGCAGACACGGAAUGGACGCAGCUGGUGAGGAGCGACAUUGAGUGGAUGUGGCAUCAACUUCGCUCCUCAGCCAAGCUUCCGGAUCCGCAUCAUCAUUUUGGUGCGUGGGUCAGUCUCAUGAAAGACCACCGGCGAUACUGGAAGAAGUUAGUACGUCGAGCUGGAGAUCAUGCAGCAGCACAACGAGACAACCUUUCGUCUGUGACUCAAUUUCACAGAGCCAUUUUGCAACAGCUUCAUCAAGCACAGUGUCUUACGCAAGGACCACCGUCAGAGGUGCGGACAUUGACCGGGCCAGCCUAUGGCUGUAUGCAAUGUCAACGAAAGUUUGCAUCUCGAGGUGGGUGCGGAGCACACAUGUUUCGAGUUCAUGGACACAUCCAUCCAGUCCGCCGACUAUUUGACACGACACAGUGUGGAUGUUGCCUUCGUGAAUUUCACAGCUAUGGCAGGCUGAAAGCUCAUCUCAUUCGCGCAGACUACUGCCGACAUAGCCUUCAAAGACGCAAUCACUAUGUUGCUCCUGUGGCUGGCAUUGGAUCCAAUGCAAAUGACCACCAAGAGCGAAUCCUGGAUGGACUUCUUCCUCCUCUACCUGGCCACGGACCUCAUUUGCCUCAAGGGCGACAUGGAGUGGCCCUGGACUAUAAUUUGGUCAUCUUUGAAGAGAUCUACAUGCGGAUGCUUGAUGUCACCUCAGUUGCAGAGGGUGAGACUGCAUUGAGAGCAGUUGCCUCAGAAAUUCCCACCACUUGGGAAGACUUCCGCCUGACGCUGCAAGCUUUAGUGCGGGAGGCAACUUCCGAAGAUACGGCCGUCCUGGGUAUCAGUGCUGAGGACUUCUUUGGCAUUUUGCGAAAAUUCAGUUUUGAAGUGCAGUGGCCUUUCCUUUGCGAAGAGACGGAAGUCGUGACGGAGCACUGGCAUCGAGACCUGAAUGUUUUGGAGGAUUUCUGCCUUCAGGAGGCGCAGACGGAGCAUCCACGUCAGGGACAUGCACGAGUUCCACGAGGCUUUGGAGCAGUCCGCUACGUGUUGCACGCGGAACGCUCUGUCGCAGAGCAUGCCUUCGCACCGAGAGUUUUGCGGGUUCCGGAGACUCCGUGGGGACUUCCAUCACUCCGUUUGAAGGAAUUGAGGCAGAUUCGUGUGGGCAACGACCUCAUGGGAUUCAUCUUGGAGGCGGUCGUCAUGCUCUAUUGCGUUGGUGGUGUGGCAGCGCUUGAGCACCCGGCAGCGCCGGCCUCUGAGGAAUCUGUUUCCAUUUGGCGGACACCAAUUUUGACGUUGCUUUUGUCUCUGCCAGGCAUUGACCUUGUUUCUUUAGCACAGGGCCUUUGGGGCGCGAAAUCCCCCAAACCAACUUCUUUUUUGCUUGUCAAUGCGCCUGACAUGAGACAAACGCUGCGCAAGUGGCAGAUUACCCGAGAGCUACCAAAGGGUAUCUCGAUCGGAAGGGACCAUGCUGGAGGCUGGUCCACCUCAGUUUUGAAGGAGUACCCGCCAUCCUUGAACGGGGGGUUGGCGGAGGGACUCUUU